AUGUCAGAAGACGACGAUCUCGCACCGAAUAUCAUUACAUAUAUUGGUGUACCACUGGCAGUUCUUGGUGUGCUUCCCAUACUGUACAAUGUCGUCAGAACCACCAACUUAUAUUUCACGGUCAAAGCCCGACUGAAGCCAUCGAGGAAGCUUGAUAAGGAUAUCGAGCUGACGAACGAUUACUUUGGCGGGGAGGUCGAAGUGAGAUUAAGAACGUUUCGUGUCAUGCCAUUGAAGCGGGAAGAUCCGCUGUACUGGAAGAUUUCAAAUCAACAGCAGCUCACAGGCGGCUCUUGGGGGAUUUUCAACUGGAGAUAUCUUCCAGCAGGGCAGAUGUCUCAACGUCUCAAGUCUGCAAACCAGCUGAGACAAUUUCAAGUGGAAGUAGCUUUCAGGGAACUCAUCUACUACUUUCUUGACUUAGGCGCUGUUCCCGAUUCACAAGGCUGGAAAGCUCUUCGAUCCAAUGGUAUUUGGACAACUGUAGAUACUGCCCUGAUGGUAUCGUUAGAUGGACUACGACAUCCAGUGCUUACUAUUGCGUCUUUGAACAUCUCAAGUCUAGAUGGAAGGCUUUCGCUAAAGGUCCCGCAGAAGACUGGCUCUUUGAUGAAACGAUAUAACAAUUUUGCGACUCCUGCAGCCCCGGACUGGGCCAAACUGGACAUAAAAAAAGUCUAUCCCUCUGAGGAGAGGAACCCCAUCGGAAGGAGGGCCGAGGAUCCAGACAAGCAGAUCUUUGAGUUUCAGCGUUCCUCAAAGUCUGAAACCACGACUAUACCACAUCUCACAGUAGUAGCAGAUUCAGCAAAAAGUGAAGAAAAUGGCCUAAGGUUCCGUAUCGAAGCUAGUGGAAGCAUUGUCGUAAAUGAUCAAACCAUAGACAUUGAACACUUAGCAUCCCGCCGCAGAAGCCCAACGAUCUCGUGGUUUGCUUGUCUUUUCACAUCUUACGCCGCUAGCCAGCGAGUCUUGACAAAAUACCAUAUACCGGAAGAUGUCGUCAACUUCGCUCAGUCAUGUUCAAUCCCAUCUGGCGUACUAGUUAUCCUUGGUGUCGUGGAUAGUAAGGAAGUCCCCGAAUGGGAGACGACCCGCCGGCAAAAUCCCGUACCUUUGGGGCACAUGCGGCAGCCUUCAAAUCUCCCGUCGACACAGAGGACGAAAGCCGAAGUAGACGGCCUAGUGCAGCAAUGGGCAGAACAACAUCUUCAGAAACUCGACCAACAUGAUGAACGGAUGUCGCAAGCGUUGCAGAGCAAGACGUGGGACGUAGGGAUCAUUGCUCACCACGGCUUGCGGUGGCUCAGCAAGCGGUUAGGCCCUGCGCACCUGCGUGAAAACCUAGUGGCCUUGAUACUUGGUCGUAUCGUCGACGAACCGCAGCUGGCUGAAUCAAUUGAGGCUAUGCUAGAUCGGUGGAAUGAAUGGUCGGAUACAGGCGGAAUGAAACAGUCGGACUUAAGGUACCUUCAGGCGGAUGAGAAGAACCUCGAAAUCUUUUUGUUCUCCUCACUCUUGAUUGUUACGGUCAGAAACUAUGAAGAACUGGUCUGCCGGAUCGCCACAGAAUUCGACUGGACAUGCCCCAACCCUCACGUACUAAACCAGAUCCUGGUCCUCGGCCCCGAAUCAGGCCGCGUGAGCGCAGAAGUGCAUACCCUGACCGACUUCGAGAUCGAGAUCACACUCACAACUCGUCGUUACACGGGUGCCGCCUACGACGGGCGGAGAAUGAACGAGGAUUUAUUGGGAGACGAAGCCUUCCAGUCGAAGAAGUUCAUCGUCGGAUUGUGUGGCAAAAUGGACGACCAUAGAUGGCCAAAGUUACCUAUACUAUCAUUUCACGCUUGGAGCGUUACACUUGCGAUCCCACGCUCAUACGAGCGCCCUAUUCACUAUCCUAUGCUCGAAUUGGAGGAAGGCAAGUUCCGCACGCCUCUGGACGUGAAGUGUAAGGCCCACAUGUCGGAGUUUACGCAGAGGUAUGGGUAUCGAUUGGUGUUUCGCAAGUCGCCACUUCCGCCGAGAGGGGAGUGGAGAGACGCGGAAGAUGCAGGCAUAAAUUCGAUGAGGAUGUGGGAAAUUCGGGAGUCUGUCAAGCGGGAGUCACCUGAGAGGGGUCCGGAGGGCAUAUGGGGCAGCUGUAUUGUUUGCUAA